GGCUUUGGUCGGCCCAUGGGAGGACAGUAGUGUGCUUACUAGGACUUGAUAUUUAGCACAAGCGCUGUUGUUGGAGAUGUCCUCCUGGGAGGGGAUGGAUUGGGGGACGGCCGCCUGGUGCCUCCAAUACGACACAUCUUCAGUUGUAGAUAUACGGAGACCUGAGGCCAACUGAAGCUUUUGUUACCAUGAGGACGAGGCAGAAACGACAAGUGUGCGUCCUUCUUCCAAACAAGCAGCACCUGGACCUCAUUGUCAAGGGGAGCGCCAGAGGCCACGAUGUGUUGAACAGUGUGUUGAAGCACCUUGGCGUCAGUGAACUCCAAGUCUUUGGUCUGGCUGUUCUCAAAGAUAACGAAUACCUCUUUCUUGAUUCGGAGCAAAAGCUGAGCAAGUACUUUGGCAAAAGAUGGAACCGAGGAUCCUUAAUGGUCCCAUUCAUCUUAUUUCUGAGAGUGCAGCAUUAUGUAGAGAGUGGGUUACUAAUUCUGAGCAGCAAAGUGCAGCAGCUUUACUACACUGAGCUGAGACAAAAGGUGCUGCAUUCACAGAGCUGCCAUCAGGAAGCUUUGCUCUUCCAGCUGGCAGCUUCUGCACUUCAAGCUGAAGUCGGAGAUCUGGAGCAGAGAGCAGAGCGGAAUAAUGAAGAGGAGGAAGAGGGGGAAGAGGGGGGAGAAGAGAAAAGACAGGAGAGAAAACACAGGCAUUACUUUCUUCCUGAGGAUUACUUCCCCUCUUGGCUGAUACAGCGUCGUGGACGGGACUUCCUGCUCCAGCAUUGCCCAGUGUUACACGCUGAGCUGAGAGGUGUGACACGCAGCCAAGCCGUCCUGCAGUUUAUAAAAGAGGCCAGCAGCCUGCAGGACGGACCAGUCACCUUCUACAGGAUGAGACAGGAGAAGAAAGAGUCGAGAAGUUCAAUUCUUCUUGGUGUGGCAAUGAAAGGAGUCCAUAUUUAUCAGGAGGUGGGAGGGAAGCAGUGCCAAUUGUAUGUCUUUUCCUGGACCGAUAUUGAACGCCUCACUUUCCAGGUUGGUUCCAAAGAUUACAUACACACCAGAGCAUACUUGUGUUCACAUAAACCUGCAUAUUGCUGCCACUUUCUCUACCCCUGUUUUUGGAUUGGAUUGUACCUCUCACUUGCUCUCCAGGGCAGCAGGUUUGAAAUCGCUGCCGUGGGCUCUCUGUGCCUCCCUAAGCUGGUGUAUCAUACUCCUUCAGCCACCCACUCCAAACACAUCCUGAGGCACCUCAGUGGCAGUCACCGGUUCCACAUCAUCACCAGAGAUGCAGUUGGCUACCUCCACCAGCUGGAAGACAUGCAGGCCAGUCGGUUCUAUAAAGAGGCCUACAUUUGUGACACAACACGCUUGGCACACAGACUCCAGAGCAACAGCCUCACAUCCUCAAUGUCUGACCGCAGUGUUGCCGUCGAAACGACCACAGCCUGGUCCAAAGAGGGGGAGGGGGAGGAGGAGGGGGAGGAGGAGGAGGAGGUGGUCACAGCAGAGUUUGAGCUGUGUGUGGACGAACCAGAGGAGUUAUUUGUCGACAGCCCAGCCGAAUUGUCGUGGUUGGCUGAGCAGUCUGUCGAUGGAGCUUUGGUGUUACCCUCCUCUUAUUGGGCAGCUGUUGCCAUGGAAAUGAAACAGGUUCUGAAGAGCAGAGCCGAUGAGGAAGAGGUUUCUAUUGACUAAUUUACAGCCAGGGGCAAGAGGGAGUCAAUAAAAGCUCACGACAAGAGCCAUGAUGUUACUGCUCUGAUGCUCACAUCAUAGUUCGGAUUAUGUACCUAAUAUAUACAUUGUGCGGCUUACAAAUAUUUUAUUUUAUUUAUAAAUGAAAAUACCUUUAUUUUACUUCUUUUUUGAAUCAAAGUUCAUAUUAAAAAGCCCCUAAACACCCACAAUCCACCCCCACUGUUCUUCUCACGCAUGAUAUCUAAUUAGCGCUCCUCUCAAGACUGUGUGGGAGUGUACACACUGGGCUUGAUUGACAUUCCCCAUAUGUUAUUUCUAGAACAAAUAUUCCUUUUUUCCCUUUCUUUACUGAACUGUACCAACAAACAUCCAGAUGUUAUCAAGCACCUAGAUAGAAGGUGCAUUAUUGUAUAU